AUGAACGCCGAAGAAGAAAAUCAAGUAUCCGUCCAUCCCAUUGACGAAUCUGGCAACUCUGCCAAUGUCAAGCCCGAACCCGACAAUACGGACAUCAAAGAGGAGAAGGGGGAUGAAAAAGGCCAAGGGCCAGCCCCUUCCCCUCCUCCUCCUAGUGCCUCUCCUGCAGGAGCCAAACAGGAGAGAAAGCCUCUGAAAACUCGUCCCGUGUCAAAAAAAGUUGAAGUCCGCAAGAAGCGUGCCGCCAGCGAAGCGUUGGAUCAGACAGAUGAUACUUCAGCAGGGGGUCCUGGCCAGAGCGGUGGUAAUGAAAAAUCAACGCGGCCCAAGAAAAGAACUGUGAAGACUGAAGAAGCUGAGAGUGGUGAGCCAGGAGAUGCCGAGGACGAAGAAGCCGUUUCUUCUACUCCAGCAACGAAAAAAAGGCGCAAGGCACCCAAAUCGACUACCGGGCAAAAAGGCAAUUGGACGACCGAGGAAGAUAAUCUCAUCAUUCAUUUGAAGAAAGAAGGAAAGGGUUGGCAAGACAUCACCAAUCUUGUUAAUGUAGCAGGUGGUCCGGGAAACGAGAGGACCUUGACCGCUGUGCGGUUGCGCUAUCAGAAGGUGCUCAAGGAUCGUGAUACGGAACUCACUGAUGAAGAAUUUCUUUUCCUAAAACAAGCUGAAGCCGAAGUUACCAACAUGGACAAAUAUAGCCUUAUCGUCAAGAGAUACAAGGAGUUGUCUGGGAAGGAUCUUACAAAAUUGGGAUGUCAGAAAUUUCUGGCCUUGGCUAAGAAGAAUGAACACGGUGUGACAAAACAUGGAGAGGAAUAG